UGGGUGACGAGCGGCGAGCACCAGCACCAGGAAAAAAAUACCAGGAGCCAGAAAAUGCACGGACGACAGCGGUCCAUUUGAGUGUCAGUAACACGUUCCGAGGGUUCGGUGUCGCCGGGGUCAGCUGGAGAAGGUUCGCUCGGCGCAAUGAAGGUUCUGUGUCAGUUCGAGCUGUCGGGUUCUCGCCGCAAUUCCAGGGAUGGCUCUCUGAGCUAACCGAGCUAGCUAACAGUUAGCUGCCCAUUUAGCUCUCCUGGUGUCCGUCUGCGGGGGGAGACCUGCUCCGUGCGCUCCCUACUUUCGCCCGGAUUGUCGCGGGGCUUGCGGUUCGUCGAAGGGACCGGGGCAGACAGGGAGGCUGCCUAUCUGGAUGGACAGUCGGACCAGGGGGGGCUCAUUGUCACUGCGCGGGCGUAACUUGCGGCGUCGGUUUCGGGGCGGCUAGGCUCGUACUCGGCCGAGGGAUCGUACCAAUGUGGCCGUGGCAGCCAGCUGUGUCCCACCGUCUCUGGGACCACACUUGGUAGUUUGGCGUGAAUUUUUCACGAGGCCAGGCGAGGAAGGGAUUAAAUUGCGUCGGCACGCUGAUAAAUCAUCAACUUUCACGCUAGCUCGGUUAGCAACCUCUAGCUCACGGGCUAUCCAAACUAACAGCAGCUCCUCUGGGAAGUGCAGGUUCGGUUCUUUGCACCCAUUCGCCGCCCAGUGAGGCGCUUGUGUUGCAUUGCAGAUGUUGUGCGAUCGGCUCCCUGUAAGCCCGAGGAUCCACCGGAGACUUUGACUGAGCUGUUAAACAUUUAACACUUGACAGCAGUUUUGCCAUCAGGCCAGGUUCUGCACCAGGCAGCCAGACCUUCACCAGAACUUGUUGAACGCGCGUCUCGCUCCAUCCGAGGACUUGGUGUGGAGGUGUAAGCCCGGCGCCCCCUUGUCAGACGGGCUUUUUUUCCCCCCCAGCUCAUGCGGUGAUGACUUUAGACUCCAUGAUGGCUUGUUGCCUGAGCGAGGAGGCGAAGGAGUCCAAACGAAUCAACGCUGAGAUCGAGAAGCAGCUGCGGCGAGACAAGAGAGACGCGAGGAGGGAGCUGAAGCUGCUGCUGCUGGGUACCGGAGAGAGCGGCAAGAGCACUUUCAUCAAGCAGAUGAGAAUAAUCCAUGGGUCAGGCUACACAGAUGAGGACAAGAAGGGCUUCACCAAACUGGUCUACCAGAACAUCUUCACCUCGAUGCAGGCCAUGAUCCGGGCCACCGAGACCCUCAACAUCGGCUACAAGUACGAACAGAACAAGAAUAACGCCCAGCUGGUGCGCGAGGUGGACGUGGAGAAGGUGUCGUCAUUCGAUCAGCCGUACAUCGGAGCGAUAAAGAUGCUGUGGGCCGACCCGGGCAUCCAGGAGGCGUACGAUCGCAGGAGAGAGUACCAGCUCUCCGACUCAACCAAAUACUACCUUAGCAGUUUAGAACGAAUAGCGUCACCAGGGUACGUGCCCACCCAGCAGGAUGUGCUGCGGGUCCGAGUGCCCACCACCGGCAUCAUUGAGUACCCAUUUGACCUGGAGAAUAUUAUCUUCAGGAUGGUGGAUGUCGGGGGUCAGAGGUCAGAGAGGAGGAAGUGGAUCCACUGCUUCGAGAACGUCACCUCCAUCAUGUUCCUGGUGGCGCUCAGCGAGUACGACCAGGUCCUGGUGGAGUCCGACAACGAGAACCGCAUGGAGGAGAGUAAAGCUCUGUUCAGGACCAUCAUCACAUAUCCCUGGUUCCAGAACUCCUCGGUCAUCCUGUUCCUCAACAAGAAGGACCUGCUGGAGGAGAAGAUCAUGUACUCUCACCUGGUUGACUACUUCCCAGAGUUUGACGGUCCCCAGCGGGACGCCCAGGCGGGUCGCGAGUUCAUCUUGAAGAUGUUUGUGGACUUGAACCCAGACAGUGACAAGAUCAUCUACUCCCACUUCACGUGCGCCACAGACACGGAGAACAUCCGCUUCGUCUUCGCCGCCGUCAAAGACACCAUCCUGCAGCUCAACCUCAAAGAAUACAACCUGGUGUGAGGAGAACGGGACGGGACGGGGAACGAGGAAGCACGCAAAGACACCUGCAGCCCCCGCACACACACACACACACACACACACACACACACACACACACACACACACUGACCAACACUCUUCAUGCUCUACCACCUUCUGUCCGCUCAGAUCCUCCGUUGUUGGUUUUCCCGAUUUUUAAAAAACAAAAAAGUCCGUUUUGUGGUUUCAGUAAUCGCUCAGUGCACAGUCACACAUCUACCGCUCCCUCCUCCGGUCCUCCUCCCUCUUCUGGUCCUCCUCCCUCCUCUGGUCCUCCUCCCUCUU